AUGGAAGGGCUUGAUACCUCCUCAGCGGCUUACCGCACGGAGAGCGAGGGUAGUACAACCAGCGAUGACCGAGAAUCACUUCGUGCUCAUUUGGAGCGAGAAUCGCUCGGACAUCUAAGCGCACUGUUUCCCGACGAUAUGUCGCUUAACUACUUUCAAAGUCUCUGCGAGGACGAUUUGGAACACGAUUACAAUGUCAAGGAUGACAAGGAAAGAGAACUCCUGAUGCACUCUAUUUUAAAACUACGGGAGGAUUUUUUGGCAGACGAGGUAACCUACAGCUAUUAAACUUACAUAGUAAAGCGUAACGGUGCAUGACCGUCUCUUUAAGUGUCCGUAGUUUUUUUAAUAUGAUUUGAUCAAAUAAUCUUGGUUUAUGUGCUGAGUGAAAGGCAUUUUAUUCUUCCUAUAUGGCAAGCAUUUUUAAAUUUUCCCUAGGUCGGCAACAUAUAGGAUGCAAUAAAAAGGAACUUCGAAAAUUUCAUUGUCAACGCGUUGUGCCUCGAGUGUGUUUUAAAAAGAUGAUGUCUCCUUGUUCUUCGUUUAUAAAUCUUUACAGGCUGAUGUGUUAUCUUUUCGGUAAACCUUUCAGCGUGAAAGCACUGGUGCUGAACUUUUGUCGCAGUUUUUUUUUUCAAGUUAUAGUCCUUUGAAUUUCAACUCCCGUAUGGUUCAAAAUGUAAAUAUAUAGGUUGGCUUAAGCUUUACGUAAGCUUGUAUAAGCUCCACAGACUGAAAAUUUAUUGAGGUAACGAUCAAACCUUAACUGACCCAGUUCAUCAUAAGAGUCGCGAGUUUAAUUCUGUGUUGCGCUAGGUAUUUGGCACAACUCCUCUAAUUAAUUCUUAGAACACUUGAUCUUAUCCAGAUAUUUUAGGCUGUGUUAUUUCCUUUAGUUAAUUCCGAUGGGAGUUUCCUGUCAGCCCAGAAUUAACUUUUGUUGUGAUCUAUUCAGCGCUGUUUUGCAUGUUUAUUUUGUUGACGCCUUUCAGGAUAAUAUGAUGUUGUACUUUUCGCGAGGUCUAAAUUGUAAACAUUCAUGUGCGCGAGAACCGCGGGUAUAGUUACAACAGUAGGUCACUGUUAAACAGUGUAGAAUCUAAUACUAGAAGCAAGACAUGAAUUCAUAAAACGUAAUUGUAGCUUGCAAUAAAGGCUCUAUAAGGAAUGAAAUUAUAUAGAUUUUAGCAUCUUGUUUUCAGUAUACUUUACGGUGUACAUGUACUAUGUGUAAACUGCACAAUUUACUGCUUUGAGAUGGAGUAUCAUUGUGCUCACUUGUAUGUAAACAUAAACACCACAUCAACAAUAUCUUCAUUUUUGAAAAAAUAAAUGGUUGUCUGCUGUUGGAAUGCUUGUUUUGUGUUGUAAAAGUGCCCAAAGUUCAGUUUAACAUUGGGAAAAAAUGGGUCAAGAUAGUAGAAGGUGAACGGUUUAGCUGAAUUGAAUGAUCACACAAUGGCCUUUUAUUUAAGUGAAAAGCUAUUGCUAUUACUACUAUUGCUGGAUAAAUUUAUCUGUGUUUUCCAGGCUAAUGCUAAACCUUAGAGGGUUUGUUGAAUGUUUUAGUAAACAUCAAAUCAUUUGGUUACUUGUGUAAAUAAUUUUUAAACAAAUUAUCAUUGGAAAAAUAACACUCAAGCAAUGCAGCAUUUUUUUUUGCUAAAAGUAAGUUAUUGUUGUUGUUGUUACCUUUUACCUACGCUUAAAAGAGGCAGCUCUUUCAAUCUGAAACUGCGUGUCUAGGUAGUGUGUAAAGUAAAUUUUGCAACUGUGAGGUUUUUUCCUUCUCAGGUUAAUCUAGUUGGAUUUAGUUAUCCUUUGAAAAAAAUAUGGACCAUACACUGUAGGUGAUAGGUAAUAAUUAAUUUGUAAACAUGGAUUUUGUUUAUCGCAGAAACAGCCCUCUAUUUCAAGAGCCAGUAUUUAGGGACAUAAUGCAAAUAAUAUUAUAAACACUAACAGCAUACCUGGAAGAACUAUGUAACGAUAAUUUUGUUAUUUAUAUUUGUAAAAGUGCCCAAAGUUCAGUUUAACAUUGGGAAAAAAUGGGUCAAGAUAGUAGAAGGUGAACGGUUUAGCUGAAUUGAAUGAUCACACAAUGGCCUUUUAUUUAAGUGAUUGUUUUCCAGGCUAAUGCUAAACCUUAAAGGGUUUGUUGAAUGUUUUAGUAAACAUCAAAUCAUUUGGUUACUUGUGUAAAUAAUUUUUAAACAAAUUAUCAUUCGAAAAAUAACAACUCAAGAUAUGCAGCAUUUUUUUUUGCUAAAAGUAAGUUAUUGUUGUUGUUGUUACCUUUUACCUACGCUUAAAAGAGGCAGCUCUUUCAAUUUGAAACUGCGUGUCUAGGUAGUGUGUAAAGUAAAUUUUGUAACUGUGAGAAGGUUUUUUCCCUCUCAGGUUAAUCUAGUUGGAUUUAGUUAUCCUUUGAAAAAAAUAUGGACCAUACACUGUAGGUGAUAGGUAAUAAUUAAUUUGUAAACAUUGAUUUUGUUUGUCGCAGAAACAGCCCUCUAUUUCAAGAGCCAGUAUUUAGGGACAUAAUGCAAAUAAUAUUAUAAACACUAACAGCAUACCUGGAAGAACUAUGUAACGAUAAUUUUGUUAUUUAUAUGCUAAUACAUUAUUUAGAACUGUCAAAUUUAUUGAUCUCAUAAACCCCCUUGGAACUAUCAAAUUGUAUCUGUAAGAAUCUACAAUUCUUCUACAAUUUGUUAGAAUAGGUGGUUGAUAUUCAUGAUUAACAUGCAAAGAUACAGGUAGAAGUUUUUGGUAAUUGAGAAGUAUAAUAUUGUUUGAUCAUGGCCCAAUUGGCAAGGGUAGACAGUGCAUUGCAUUCCUUUCACAGGAAUAAGCUCUCACUAGACAUAAUGUACAUAGUACUAACUACAGCUGUAUUUGCAAAUAUGUUUUGACUUUUUAUGACCUAUAUAACUGAAUUAUCAACUGCAUUUUUCUAUUUUUUCUCCCAAAUUCAGUCUGAUUCUGAACUAGACACCAGUACUGACUUGAAUGCAGAGGUUUUCUCAUCUUUGCCACGUAGUUUCAAGUUCAACCGGUCAAGGUUCUCAGAUGAAUUUGCGGAUGGAAGAGCAAAGAGGAGGGAGAGCUUUGGUUUUCCAUCAACAAGACUUGAUGAGUCAUCAAAUUUACUACGCAUGAGGGCAAAUCCAUCAUUGGGAAGCUCUGAACCUAACCUCUCUGGAAGCUGUGUAAGUAAUAAUUUGUCAUAAAAAAAUUAACAGAAUUAAUCUCAUUACACUUGUUCAUAAUUUUGUCUAGUGGACAGAAGUUAAUGGGAAACAGUCAACUCUCUUUAUAACGUAUACUCAGGGUGCAAAGAAA